CUCUGCUCGAAUUCUUGCUUGUCUCUCUGCUGUGUGUGUUUUCUUGUCUCUAUUUUUUUCUUCAUAUUUUCUUGAUUCAGUUAGGUGGGGCUGAUCGCCUUCUUUUGUCAGGAUUCUCCCUGUCUCAGGCCAUCAAUCCAUCCAGGCCUGACAAAAGGUGGGAUAGAAGCUAAGAAUAAAAUCACCCCCACCAUAAAACAAAAGAAAAAAAAACCCGUAAUAUGCAACGAGGAUUUUAGAUCAAAGAAAUCAGCAGAUAUCUCUCUCUCUCCCUCUUUAUCUUUUUCCUUUACUUCUUUUCCUCAAGCCAUCUUUCAAGACAAAAAGCACCCCUCUUUCCUUUAAUUUAUUCCUUUGUUUUUCUUGCUUUUAUUUGGCCGCCUGAUGAAGACAAUCAUGGCUAGAAACCCUCACGACUCCUCCUCAUUCUCCAGGAGAUACUUCCACUGGAAAAAGAAGGCUGUUGAAGAGGAAGACGAUGUUAUGGAAGAAAUUUUAAGCUUCAGCUCCUCCGCCUCCUCAAAAUCUGAAGACAAAGAAAAACUCAAAAAAUCAGAGGAGCCGACGAGUUUACAAAUGCAGCAUUCACUCUCCGCUGCCUCGGCAAAACCACCAAGAAAGAAACUUUCGGUGUUGGCAGUUUCAAAGCUGCGUUCAGCCCUUGCUCUCGGCAGGGCCCGAACUCAUUUCUCAUCGGGCCUGGGAACUAAAGUUGUGGGCACCCUUUUUGGGCACAGGCGUGGACAUGUCCAUUUUGCAUUUCAAGAAGAUUUCAAGCUGAACCCGGCUUUUCUUGUUGAACUAGCAACUCCAACAAGCAUUCUUGUGAAGGAAAUGGCUUCCGGGCUAGUCAGGAUUGCCCUGGAAUGUGAUAAGAAGACUGAGAAAAAGGGUUUCAAGCUUCUGGAGGAGCCCAUUUGGAGGACUUACUGCAACGGGAAGAAAUGUGGGUAUGCAAUGAAGAGAGAGUGCGGGCCUGAAGAGUGGAAAGUCUUGAAUGCCAUAGGCCCGAUUUCAAUGGGAGCAGGGGUACUGCCCGGUGCAGGAAAGGGGGGAGAUUCAGAUGGAGAGCUUAUGUACAUGAGGGCCAAAUUUGAAAGAGUUGUGGGAUCUAAAGAUUCUGAAGCUUUCUACAUGAUGAACCCGGAUGGCAAUGGUGGCCCUGAACUCAGCAUCUAUCUGCUAAGGGUCUGAAAUAAUUUCUACUACAGUUCUAAGUUCCGCGCCGAGGAUCCAGUUCAUGUUGUUUACUAUGAAUGCUUAGCCUUAGUUUUUGUGAAGAAAUUGGGGGUUAGAUUCUCCUUGUUAGUUUGGGUUCUUGAAGUUUUUUGUAAUGGGGGAAAUUUACUGGUUAGUGGGCGUUGAGGGAUAAAAGUAAACAUGGGAUAGUAAAGGUGGGUUGGUGGGAUGGUAUAUCUGUGAAUAGGUUGGUCUUUUCUUUUCUUUUUUACCUCUUUUCCCUUGUGAAUGAAAGUUAAGAGGCGAAUGCAGUAAUUGUUUUGUCUGCCCAUUUUGGUCCUACUCAUUUGCCUUUUUCAUAAUUUAUCAAGCAUCUUCAAUUCUCA